CCCCCUGGGUUUCCGACCCUUUCCCGGCUGUUUCUCCGUACAAAUCCAACGAAACUCCUGGAAUUCCCAUUCUCAGCCCGGUUCAGGAUGGCAGGAAAAUGCGGAGCGUGCGGGCCGGGCUAUGCCAGCCCUCUGGAGGCCAUGAAAGGGCCCCGGGAGCAGCUGCUGUACCUGCCCUGCAUCUACCGGAACACCGGGAUCGGCAUUCCCGACUUCCUGGCCACCGUGGACGUGGAUCCCAAAUCCCCUCGGUACUGCCAGGUGAUCCACCGGCUGCCCAUGCCGCACGUGGGGGACGAGCUGCACCACUCGGGCUGGAACGCCUGCAGCAGCUGCCACGGGGACCCCGGCAAGUCCCGGCGCUUCCUGAUCCUGCCCAGCCUCGUCUCCUCCCGCGUCUACGUCGUGGACGUGGCCACCGAUCCCAGGGCUCCCAGGCUCCACAAGGUGGUGGAAGCCGAGGAGCUGGCCCGCAAGGCCAACGCCGCGUUCCCGCACACUUCCCACUGCCUGGGCUCCGGGGAAAUCCUCAUCAGCUGCCUGGGGGAUCCUGAUGGCAACGGAAAAGGCACUUUUGUCCUCCUGGAUGGAGAAACCUUUGAAGUGAAAGGAAAUUGGGAAAAGGGAGGAAAAGUCCCAAAUCUGGGCUACGACUUCUGGUACCAGCCCCGGCACAACGUCCUGCUCAGCACCGAGUGGGGUGUCCCCAGGGUCCUGGCCCAGGGAUUCAAUCCCAAGGAUGUGGAGAAAGGGCACUACGGGCGGCACAUCAACGUGUGGGACUGGCGUGAGCGGCGCCUGGUGCAGGAGCUGGACCUGGGCACGGGCUCCAUCCCGCUGGAGAUCCGAUUCCUGCACGAUCCCAGCGCUGCCCAGGGCUUCGUGGGCUGUGCCCUCAGCGGGGACAUCCAGGGAUUCUACAGGAACCCCGAAGGAAAAUGGGAAGCAGAGAAGGUGAUUGAGGUGCCCAGCAAGAAAGUCCAGGGAUGGCUUCUCCCGGAGAUGCCAGGGCUGAUCACGGAUAUCCUGAUUUCCCUGGACGACAGAUUCCUGUACUUCAGCAACUGGCUGCACGGGGAUGUGCGGCAGUACGACAUCUCCGACCCCAAAAACCCCAAACUAGUGGGGCAGGUUUUUCUGGGAGGCAGCAUCUCCAAAGGGGGAGCUGUGACCGUAGUGGAGGAUCGGGAAUUGCAGGAUCAGCCAGAGCCGUGCGUGAUCCAGGGGAAGAGGAUCCCGGGGGGGCCGCAGAUGCUGCAGCUCAGCCUGGACGGGCGCCGGCUCUACGUGACCACGUCGCUGUUCAGCGCCUGGGACCGGCAGUUCUACCCCAGCCUGCUCAAGGAGGGCUCGGUGCUGCUGCAGCUGGACGUGGACACGGCGCGGGGGGGCCUGGCCAUCAAUCCCGAAUUCCUGCUGGAUUUCGGGAAGGAGCCGGGCGGGCCCUGCCUGGCGCACGAGGUGCGCUACCCGGGGGGGGACUGCACCUCCGACAUCUGGCUGUGAGCCCGCUGGAAUGCCAGGGAAAUCUGGGAAUGAUUGGGAAUGAUUG